AUGUCCAUUCCCCGACGCUCGAUGGGCCCUCGGCUCGGGGGCUCUUUGGGGAAACCCGACACCAGCUCGAAGCCUGCAACCUCUCGCACAGUGAAUUCGAGGCCUCUCCAGACGUCCUCCCUGGAGUCCUUCGGAAGGCCUAUCCUUGGCCUUGACCGCCCACACUCUUCAGAAAUGCCGUGGGUGGUUCAUGCCAAGGAUACCGUUUCUCUCCACUAUAGCCCGGCUAAUGCCCAGACAGCGAAUCGAUUGAAACUACUGACGCGACAACCUCACGCCGCACAGCCCCAGAUGGAACCCAGGCCGCCGGGCAAGUGCCAAACUAGGCCUCACCGAAUGAAUAUGUCCAUCACCGCCAGAAAGACGAUCAAGACGAUCUCAGACGAUAUUUCAUGUGAAAGGACACAGAAGAAACGGAAGCUGAAUGCGCUAUUGGUGGAUCAACGCAGGCAAGAGAAGAUCUCUCGGAGCUAUGGCAAACCAAGGGAAACAACGGCAAGGCAUGGGGAUAUCCAAGACCUUAGACCUAUUUUGCCAAGCCUGAUUGACCGAUCGGGGGUCGGGGCCUGGGCCGUAGACCACUCUGGGGUCCGUGUAGGAAGGAAAAAGGUCUCGCCACAUCGCUCUCCUUCUCCGUACGGGGCGAACAACCAACAAAAUCCAUCUGCAGGGCCAUUAUUUUUCGACCCGAGCAACCCGACACUCUUCAAUUUUGGCCUCUCCAACACGAAUUUCAAGAAAUCUACGACAGACUAUGACAAAAUGAAUAAAUUCGGAGAUUAUUACACUCGACAACUACAUGACCUCCCCGCAUCCUCAUCUAAGGUCUUUCGAGGGACCAAGGGAACGGAUGGGAUUUCUCGAGCGGUCCAUUAUACCUCUAAGACUCAUGAUAGCCAUCCCAGCCUCCUCGAAAUUGACCCCGUGGAAAACGAACAUUCAGAAUGGGGCCUGCAGCAAUGUCCAUACCCAAACUGUGGUCGCUAUUUCCGGGACAUCAAGGCACACAUGCUCACCCACCAAACUGAAAGGCCAGAAAAGUGCCCGAUCGAGACCUGUGAGUAUCAUAUCAAGGGCUUCGCUCGUAAAUAUGAUAAGAACCGCCACGCUUUGACCCAUUUCAAAGGGACUUUGGUGUGCGGUUUCUGUCGGGGCGCGGGCUCCGCAGCGGAAAAGAGCUUCAAUCGUGCCGAUGUCUUCAAGCGCCAUCUGACCUCGGUUCACGGAGUGGAUCAGAGUUUGCCACGCAACCGUAAGCGCAAGAUUUCGGGGUCCACCAUCAUUAACCCGGGGAAAUGCUCGGUUUGCACGAGAAGAUUCGGCAGUGCUCAAUCCUUCUACGACCAUUUAGACGACUGUGUUCUGGAAAGAGUACUUCAACAACAAUAUUCAAAAGUGGGCGAGAGGGCUUCAUGGAGAGUUGGCAUGCGAUCCACGUAA